UUUGACUCAGUGUUAGAAAGUAGGAUAAAGAAAAACCCUGCAAUCAAAUCUGCAGUGUGCAUUUGCACUGGAUCUGGAAUUGCAGGGAAGAAGAAGAAGAAGAGAUGGCACGUGCAGGAGGGAUAACAAACGCAGUAAACGUGGGAAUCGCGGUGCAAGCUGAUUGGGAGAACCGCGAAUUCAUCUCACACAUUUCUCUCAAUGUUCGUCGCCUCUUCGAUUUCCUUGUCCAAUUUGAGGCUACAACAAAGAGCAAGUUAGCAUCGUUGAAUGAGAAGCUUGAUGUAUUGGAGCGUCGCUUGGAACUACUUGAAGUUCAAGUGGGCAAUGCAUCAGCCAACCCUUCUCUUUUUGCCACAUGAUAUAUGUUGUCCCUACAAUUUCAGAUCUUUCCAUUAGUACUGUCUUCAACUCAUUAUUACUCAAGAAGCGGCAUAUUAAGGGAGAAGAGGGUCGAGGAAGGGAGGAAGAAGAGUGUAUGAACUAACUGUCUCUCAUUAUCAUUAGUAAUUG